AUGGCCCUGGGAAGCAGAGAUGCUUCUGAAUCACGGAGAUAUGCAGUAUUUCUAGAUCCCCAUGGUGUUUCUUUUAAUAAUGGCGACGACUGGCAGGAGCAACGUCGUUUCUUUCUUUCUGUCUUCAAGAAACCUGUUGUUGGUGGCAUCAGAUACGAAGAAAUUGUCGAGAACCAGGUAGAACGUUUCUUGACCGAAGUGGGCAGAACAGAUGGCAAAUCUUUCGAUCCCAGUCACUUGAUAACCACCACGGUUGGUAAUAUUGCAAUGCAACUGAUGACCGGAAAGACCUACGAACUCGACGAUCCUAUAUUCCGUCAGGUGAUGAAACACACGAUGCGAAUCUUCGAGAUAAUUGGUCCUGCAGGACUUCUGUCCACGGUUCAGCUUCUUAGUGCGAUCCCGUCACCUGGAAAGCGACAAUUGGAGGAAGCAUUCGAUGGGUUGUGCAGCUUCGUCAGGGAAAAAAUCGAAAGCCACAAAUCGACAUUUGGUCAGAAACAGGAGGAAGCCUGCUAUAUCAGCACGUAUCUGACCGAAAUGGCCCGUAGAGCUGCAAAAGACAACAACGAACUUUUCGAUGAAACCAACCUCCUUGGAUCAUGUAUGGAGAUCCUGCUUGGUGGAUUAGAAACGACAUCAACAGCAGUCGUCUGGAUCGUCCACACGUUGGCGUCCUAUCCGGAAGCGCAACGUCGAGUCCGUCAGGAGAUUUUACAGGUCAUAGGCAAAGACAGGUUACCAAGGUUUUCGGACCAUAACAGAAUGCCUCUAACCAUGGCGAUCAUUGCAGAAUGCAUGCGUCUUCGGCCAGCUGGACCAUUUCCUUUCGCUCAUAUAGCCUUGGAGGACCUUAAAGUUGGUGCGUACGAUAUCCCGAAGGGCAGCCCUAUUACAAUGAACAUAUGGCAUUUGGCACAAAGUCCCUCACUCUGGGAAAAGCCGAAAAGCUUCCGACCGGAGAGGUUCUUGACCAAUGACGGAAAGUUCGAUAGAAAGCACGAACCAUUCCUUUUCGGAAUAGGUCGUAGGUCAUGUCCUGGGGAAUCGCUGGCCAGAGUAGAAAUGUUUCUCUUCACCACUUUCAUCCUGCAGCGUUUCAAUAUCAGACUGGCUGAGGGCGUCCCAAUAGAUAUCGGAACCCAUGCAUCAGCUACUAUCAGCCCUGAUCCUUAUCAGAUCCAUGCUGUGAAGGCAACCUAAACUUAUUUCUAGCUCGUUAAAGAACAAAUCAACAAGUCAUUUUAUACACUUUAUGAUCUGAUUGAAAGGCUUACGAAGUUACAGGACUGCACACGGAACCUCAUCAUUUGACAAAGUAAUUAAUAGGCAAUCCCACGUCGACUAAGGCGACGUCUCAAGAAGAUAACGGGUUAUGUUUCCCAAUUAAUGCCUCUUUUCACGGGAUCUGGAACCUUAAACGAAACACGCGUAACAAACAGUGCUAAGUACAGU